AGGGCUUUAGGUUUUUAUAUUUUCCUUUUUGCUCUUUUGACCAACUCGCUUACAAAAUUCCAUUGUGGCGAUUCAGAAGAUUCCAUGGUUUUGGCCUUCCUCAAUCUCUGAUUUCCAUUAGGGUUUUUAUUUCUCCUUGGCGGCUAGGGUUUUUGAUUCUUCAUUCACUUUGUUUUCCUUCAGUUUGUUUUUUUCUUUCUAACCUCAUAUUAUAUAAAUAUAUGACUAUAACUCCUUCACUUUCGCCAUUGUUUUGAUUCCUUCUUCCAUUGAUCUUGAUUUCCGCUGUUUUGAUUAUUAUUUCAAACACACCCUUUUGUUUCUUUAGCGAAUUGAACUCAAUUCGCUUCAGUAUUCUCUAUUCUGUUGCGGUUUUUGAUAUUGAUUUCUCUACUUUUGUUGUUCUUCUGAUUAAAAUUUCUCACUAUACGUUGUUGAUUCAUUGUUCUGAUUGAUUAAAGCGAACUGGGUUUUAUUUUAGAAGAUGAGUUUCAAUGAUAUGAGAGCCUCUGUUUUAUCGCCGCCUCUGCAUUCUUAUGGUGCUGCUAAUGGCGAUGUUUCUGGUUGCUGGUCUCAGUUUCCUAGGAAUGAUCCAUUUGAUCCACACUCACAAUUUGAAGUACAACAGCCUCCAUUUAAAAGAGCUAGAAAUUCUGAAGAAAACCAAUCUAGUCCUAUUCCUUAUUCAAGUCCAUCCUUGAAUUCCAGGGUGCACCCACCAAAUGCUCCAGUGAAUAAAGGAAUAAGUAAUAUCUUUUUUAAGACAAGGAUGUGUGCAAAAUUUAAGCUUGGUUUGUGUAGGAAUGGUGCUAGUUGUAACUUUGCUCAUGGUGUUGAAGACAUGAGACAACCACCACCAAAUUGGCAAGAAAUUGUUGGUAUAAGGGAGGAUGAUCAAUCGGUAAGCAAUUGGAAUGAUGAUCAAAAGAUAAUCCAGAAAUUGAAGCUGUGUAGGAAGUUUUAUAAUGGGGAGGAAUGUCCUUAUGGAGAUAGGUGUAAUUUUCUUCAUGAAGAUCCUGCUAAGUUUAGAGAUGAUUUAGGUAGGUUUAGGGAGAGUUCAGCUAUAAGUAUUGGAACUACAGGAACUCCAUUAAUGAAUGGAAGUGAUUCUAGUUAUCCUGAACCUAGCAGGGCAACUUCUUCUUCUGUUUCUGAUGCUCUUCGAGCUAAUGGAAAUGCUAGGCCUUCAUUCUGGAAGACGAAGUUAUGCACCAAAUGGGAGAUUACAGGCCAUUGCCCCUUUGGUGAUAAGUGCCAUUUUGCUCAUGGACAAUCUGAGUUACAACUAUCUCUUGGACGUGAGGGGGAAGCAUCUAGUGCUGCCCUCAAUGUAAAGCCUCUAAUUGUGACCAUGGAAGCAUCUUCGAGUUUGGCAACUAGUGUUCCAUCCUCCGCCUUACUGGACGGCCAGGUGAAGCCGUGCUUGCUGAAAUGGAAAGGACCCAAGAAGAUAAAUCGAAUCUAUGCUGAUUGGCUCGAUGAUUUGCCUCUAUCACCAAGCCCAACAAGCAAAAUGGAGGGUUGAGUUUUUUGCAGUUGAAGUCGUUUAUUCUAGUUAGUUUUUGAAGUUGGUUUGCUGAGAUUCAAUUGAUUAGUUUCAAUAUGGGAGUUGGGUUGGGUCUGGUUUUCUGAAUUAGAUGAAAGGAGUGUAAAAAAAAAAAAAAAAAAA